AUGAGUAAAGGACUAAAGGGUGGUAAGGGGGAGGAAGAGAGAUAGGGAGGGAGGGGUUAGAGAAGAAAAAAAAAGAAAUAUGGAAAAAAAAAAAAUUUACAACUUCAACAGGUUACCGGUUUCAUGGAUCAUUAUGAGCAGAUACAACUAAAAGGUUAAUAAUAAUCAAAAGGUUGGAUUAUUUUGAGCGAACGGCCCAAAUGUUGGAUUGUUUUGAGUGAACGGCCCAAAGAUUGGAUUAUUAGAAUCAAUUUUUCCUUUUAAAAGGUACUUUCUGACAAUUUUUCAAAAUAAAAAAAUAUAUAAACACUAAAAAAAAACACAGAGACAAUAUUUAAAAAGAAUAGUGAAACAUGAAUGGUGUAUUCUAAUUACGUUAGAAAACAUAAACCGAUUAGUAUAUAAUGUCCACGGCUCAUUCCUUACAACAACAAAAAAAAAAAGAUAGAGAUUAUCUAGCUUCUGUAAUUAUCUUCUAUAUAAAAGAAAAAAGAUGAGAGAGAAAGAGUUAGAGAGAGAAAGAGAAAAGCCAAGAGAAAAAAGCCCCAAUUUAUCUCAAAAUAGAAACCCUAGCCAAUCGAAAUUGCCUCAAUUCUAUGUAGUGAUCCAUUUCGCAUCCCAGCUUGCUGCAUUCUUGCUGUUGGCUUCUUUUCAACAUUGGGCUAGUAAACUUGUUAUCUGGUGCAUCCAGUUAGCAAAUUCAAAUCUUCUUUGCAGUGGUGCCAAUCCACUUCAUGUUUCUGAAUUUAAUGAGAUCAACCAGGUUGUAAGUGUUUUCUUCACUUUCUCUUGGUUAGACCAUUUGACAUCUGUUCUUUUAUUUGUAAGAAUGGAUGAGACAAUUAAUUUUUUGCCUUGGAUCAGGGUCUUGGUUAUGAAAAUAAUUAAGUCUAGUGCUUUUUUCAUAAGAUUGAAUGGUAUGAAGGCAGGUGGACUCCCUUUAGAGGGUGUUUUACUAAAUGCUUUGUGGAUCUUUGAGAAAGUUGUUAUACUUUUUCUUUUGAAUUGGCAACCAAUUUACUUCCCUUAUAUGAUUGCGUCCAAAGUCUUGACCAAGCCUCCUGGCUGUUGGGUGAUGUCUGUUGUGGUGUGCUACUGGUGGCUCUGUCACUAUGUAGCUGCUGCUAGGUUUGUGUGGGAUAGAGACUAUGGUGAAGACAUCAAGUCUUCUCCAUUUCAGGGUAUAUGUUAUGAACUCCAGCAUCUUCAAUUUCCUGAAAUUAAAGUUCUUUGCUUUUCUUGUGAAGUAGUUCAUUACAGCGGUUUUUUGCUGUCUAUGAAACGGCUUAGGAUUGUUGCUCAUAAGAUUUGCUUGGUAUCUAAGGGUGAAGAGAAAAGUCUAUUAAAUUCAUGCAUUAAAUUGUAUUUUUUUCAAUCCCAUCAGAAAGGUUCAUGUAAGGUGAGCAGUAAGGUAUGGUUACCUCUCUUAGAAAAGUUUUCACUAGAAAGUUCAUCUUUAGAAUUAGGUGAGAUGUUUAUCUUCUUUCUAAUUAGUAUGAAGUAUUAUGUUUUUUGUUUGUUUGUGAGAAUUUCCAAUUUUUAUGAUUUAAUCAUAAAUUGGCAAGCUAAGAAGGAAUUUCAAUUCCUUCAAAAGAUUAUAAUAAUUGUUUUCUUUUUGAUUCUUGUAUUUUUAGUAUGCUCAUUUUCCAGAUGUUGUUUAAAGUCCUACCUCAUAGCUAUGAUUGGUUUAUCUCUCAACUAUACUCAUCUUGUGCUGGUCUCCUCUGAUUUUGGACUGAUAGCUCCUUUUUUGUCCAAUUUAGCGAAAUCCAAGCUAGAAAAUAGAAGUUAUUGGAUUGGAUUUUGUUGGUUGUUUCUCAAAAAUGUAUUCCUUUAUAAAAACUCCGAUUCAGGCUAUAGAAGUUAUUGGAUUGGAAUCUAUCACUCCAUUCUAGGCCCCAGAAGCUAUUGGAAUGGAGAAAAAUAUUUUUAUCAUCAUAUGCCAAUAGAAGGCCUUGUCUAUUUUGUGCCAAAGAGCUCUGUUAAAGAAAAAUGCAAUGUCUUUUUGCAAGUUAUCAUUCACUAUUUGAUAAAUAUAUAUAGUUUGUCUGCUAUUCAUUAUGUAAUGCCAUCAUGUAAGAUCUUGUGGAUGUUUCUCAAUGUUAGAGAACUUGCCAAUCUGAAUUUUUUAUCAUGUAAAGUAUGGUUGGAGAAAAUAAUUGUUAUCAGGUAUGACGAGGGGCAGGACUUAGUUAAGUCUUGCGUUCCAAAUGACUAUGUUUUAUGAUUAUUAGUAGUUGGAAUAUAAGAGGUUCGAGGAGACCUUUAGCUAUGGAAGAAGUGAAAGUUUUUUGUAAAUCUAAUAAAAUUAAAAUUAUGAUGCUUUGUGAGACUAAAGUGUCAACACCUCCUUCUGAGGGAUGUGUUAGGUACUGUGGCUUUACUCAUUUUGACUUCCUUCCGUCAAUGGGAUUAGCAGGGGGUAUGUGGAUCAUGUGAAAGAAUGAUAGUUGCAAUCCUUUUAUCCUAUCACCCAUUAGUAAAGCUUCUCGUUUUUGGGCUUGUAAAAUUGAGCUAUUAGCCAUUAAUUUUAGCUUUAUUGCCAUUUUCAUU